GAGAAGGCGACUUGACUCUUUUGCCCCUCAUCAUCUCUUUCACAUUCACGGGAGAUUUUUCACGGUCUUCUUUCUUUCACCGUGGCCAACAGGCCAAGCUCCUCACGGGUCCUCACCCGCCGCCAUGCUCCUCACCUGAGGUCUCCUCAUCCACGCCCAGGCUCCUCACCGCGCCCACGCCAGCAGGGGGCUUGCGCCAGCAGCCAGCGCUCUCCGGUCCCCACACCACCGACUGCAGCCGGUGGUUGUUCGAUUGCCGCCCCGAAGCUCUCCACCAUCGCCGCCGUCGACGCCCUCCACGUUGGCUGCUCCUCCUACAACAGGUUACAUAAGAAAAGGAAAAAGGUAGUUAUCGGAUGGAGUCCAUCUCAAUUGAUGAUUUCCAUGGCAUUGAUGAUGAGUCUUUAGCAAUAGUAGAAGCUCAUGUUCGACAUGAUCAGCCACUAGCUGCUAUUGACUGGGACACACUACAUAUUUUUGAUAGUACAGAUGAAGAAGGAAGGAUAGAAAUAGUUGAUGAUAACCAAAUGUAUGUGCUAUUGGGGCUAAGAGAUGAGGAUGAGGCUGCUGAUAAGGGUAGUGAAACUUUCGAGCAGGCAGACAAUGCACAUGCAGCUAGUGGCAAUGACACCUUUGUUGACAAUGACACUCUUGGUGCAGCCAUCCUUGUUAAUGAUGACAUACCAGGGGAGAGGGUGGUGGUGCAUGAUCCGGAUAAUCCUUGUAUGGAUAUUGGAACUGUGUACCCAAGCAUGCGUGAAUUUAGGUUGGCUAUGAGACAGUUUGCUAUAAAUGAAGAGUUUGAGCUGCAAAUCGUGAAAACUGACCCGAGUCGAUUUAUUGGUGAUUGCAAAGGGGAGGAUUGCCCGUGGCAUAUCGUGGGCCGUAGGCAACCCGAUGGGAAGACUGUUAUGGUGACAGUGUUACUUGAUGAACACAAUUGUACCUCCAGCGCUAGAAGAAAGACCACUACACCUACUAGUGCAUGUGUGGCAUCAAAGGCUAUUCAUCUGUUAAAGAAUUCAGCCAUGGGAACUAAAGAUGCUGAUAUGUGAAAUCAGCUAGUAUUUAUUAGUAGCAUGUAUCUGAGAUGUGAACUGAACCACUAUUAGUAGCAUGUAUCUGAGAUGUGAACUCGACCACUAUUAGUAGCAUGUAUCUGAGAUGUGAACUCAACCACUAUUAUGUAUCUAAGAAAGUUUGAGAUGGCUACUUGCCUUUUCUCAUAUGGAGAGCCAUGUCUAUCUGA